UAGACUUCUACUGCUAACGAUGAAGGUGAAAAUUCCAUUAAAAGAAAAGGUGUCAGACCAGACCAAGGCUAGUCGCUUCGCAGUUUUUAAACGGAGAGGGAAGAAAAUUAAAAUUCACUUAAUUAAAAUAGUAUCCCAGGGAAGCAGUUUAAUAUGCUUGACGCUGGCAUGGGUGUCUCUGGUGUGGGUUACGUCGCUCGAUCUCUCAAUUUCUUCUUUCGACUCACCGGUCUAUCCGGAAAAUGAUAUUCAUGAUGGAGAAAUGUUCGAAUACAUAGUUGUGGGCGGGGGUGCUGCGGGUGGCGUAGCAGCGGCUCGACUAGCACAAGCUGCACGCGGUGUGCUGCUUUUGGAAGCGGGUGGUACGCCCGGCCUGUUGACGCGGCUACCAGGAAUAGGCGGGGGUCUCAUCGGCUCAGCUGCGGACUAUAGCUAUCCAACGCAACCCAAUGGUCGUUCGUGCCUAUCGUCUAUCGGCCGAUUCUGCCGAUUUAGUCGUGGCCGCGUGCUCGGUGGCUCUACUGCCAUUAAUCUAAUGAUGUAUACUCGUGGGCACCCCGCCGAUUACGACUUCGGCCUGCCCGGCUGGACCUGGCCAGAAAUUCGUCCAUUCUUCUUGCGUUCUGAGGGGCUACAAAAUUCACAUCAGUUACCGAUGUCGUCAGCGUCUUAUCACAAUACGGACGGCGUCGUCCCUGUCGGGUUUUUUGGAGACUCGGAAAAUCCAUGGCAAGUUCGGGUCUUGAAAGGUUUUAACUCUCUGAACUUUACAUCUAACCCUGAUUUAAACGCUGAGUCCCAAAUCGGAGUGUCUCGGGUACUAUCAUUCACGUCAGGCGGGGAGCGCGUUAACACUGCCGAGGCAUACCUGCGGCUUCCCGGUGUUUCACCACACCUGCGCCUCGCUACACAUUCCACCUGCCUUCGUGUGCUUAUUAACGAUGUUGGUGAGGCUUUUGGAGUCGAAAUCGCUCGGAACGACCGAACUUACCGGAUAUUUUCACAACGAGAAGUUAUUCUCGCGGCAGGGGCCAUUGGUUCGGCUGAGAUUCUACUUAGGUCCGGUGUUGGGCCAGCGGACCAUCUGCGGCGACUUAAUAUCCCGGUGCGAGCAGAUCUAUCGGUCGGGGAAGGUCUCAUUGACCAUGUCGCGCCACUACUAUUUAUAUCGAUAAACGAAAAGGCUAAGUCAUCGAUCGAGAUGAUCCUUUCUAAACUGAAGGAAGGAAUCCGUUGGGUGGCGAUGCGAGAAGGACCUCUCGCCACAUCCGGCUUAUCGGAUCUAACGGCUUUUCUUAAUACACAAUGUUACGACUUCAAAACAAAACAAUUGAGAAACGAUGGUAAUCAGUGCGAACGACCUACGGUUCAAUACAUACAUUCGUACUUUGAGCGGGGCUUUAUGGGAACGGGAAGAUCUCUAUACGAGCAAGUAACGCGUCACGAGGCGGCUUUCGUGCACCAGCUCGAAGCUGUCAACGAGCGACAUGCUCUACUGGUCGUAACGGCGGUGGUACUGCAGCCUAAGUCACGCGGCCACGUGCGCCUGGCGAGCACACACACAUUUCAAGCCCCACUAAUUUCGCCCAACUAUUUGGAAGACGAACGGGACGUUGAAGAAGCUGUGCGUGCUAUUAGAAUUCUGGACGAUUUGACACAGACACCAGAAUACAGGAACUAUAAUGCGUCAAUACUAAGGCCUAAGCUACCAGGGUGCACAAUGCUGGAGAGCACAGAUUAUUGGCGGUGCUACGUCCGCCACAUGACGGUUUCUGUGCACCACGCGACAGGCACGGUGGCUCUGGGGCGUGUAACGGAUGAACGAGGGCGCGUGCGGCAGGUGCGGGGGCUUCGCGUGGUAGACGCGGGGCUCUUUCCACGCCCACCUUCCGCCAACACCGCAGCCGCCGUCAUUGCUCUGUCUGAGCGCAUCACACAAUUCAUUCAACAAGACAAUAUAUCCGUGUCGCAUUAUAUUGACAGAAAAUAAAAUUAUUAAACAAUUUCCAUAUUUUUUAAAGAUAUGGAUAUAUGCUAGCUAGUGGACUGUGAAAUGAAAUGUGUUUAAACUUUAUAUGUAUUGAAUGUCGGGAGUAUCUGUAUAGUAUAUGUAAUGUAUGUAUGACCAAGCUACUCUAGAUAACUAAAUAUAUGAGGGUGCAAUGUAGGAACCUAACAACCCUAGGGAUCCCUAAGCCCUACAGACGGAGCCCUAUGGGUAGGAUCAAAGGUUCAAGGUGGUGGGAUUAUCUCAAGGGGUAAGGGCUUGAAGCAGUCUUCGCCACUUUGAGAGAAAGCGAGAAAUUAAUACGACAGAGCAAUAUUCAAAUCUGAUUUAUUGUUCAAAGACAAUAUCUUAAAUACUACUUAUACCUAUUCAGACAUAUAUGAUAUUAUUUUAGUGAGCUGUUGCUGUAUUCCUUUACACAUCCUUACUGCAGGCUUGGUGUUUGAUUUUUUUCUAUGUAUUGUAUGUUCUGUUUUAUGUACUGGAAAACACUUUGAUGACUUUCUUCCAAGUUUCUAUCGCAAUCGUAAGUAUCUAUCUUUUUGUUGGUAAAGUUUAUGUAAACUGAUUUAGUCUUCUCCGCCAUUUUGUCCACAAGCCAACAGUAUUUAU